UUCCCGGCAGCGCCAUGGCCGGCGAGUCCUCAGCGUUGUUCGCCGCCUCGCUCUUGUCGCCAUAGCCGGCUGCGGUUCGGCUGUCCCCGUCCCCGCCGGUGUCACAGCCCGAGAGACACCUGGGGCUCCAUGUGGAGCGGGGGUCCCUUUGGAUUUCUGGCCUGUAGGCGUCUGUAGGAUCCUGUUUCUCUUCUGCCUUCACCUUGCCUGAUCUUUUCCUGUGGAGCAUCUUGGGUGUGUGCUAGAAACAAACUCACAUCUCCGUAGCUGAACAUGUUCUCUGCCAGGACGGGGCCUGGUAUUUUCAGAGCCGUCAGACCGCACCAUUUCAGAUCCUGUUCUGUAUCCAGAGCCUCUCCAAACUCGACUUUCGUGCCAGCCUGUCUUCCCCCCGAUCCUGCCGAAGUGGAGGAGCUGCAGCGCUUUGUUUCUAACUCCAAGAGGAUGUUUGUAAUGACUGGAGCUGGAAUCUCCACGGAGUCAGGCAUCCCCGACUACCGCUCUGAGGGCGUUGGGCUCUACGCCAGGACAGACAGACGGCCCAUCCAGCACGCCGAGUUCAUCCGCAGCGCCAGUGCCCGGCAGCGCUAUUGGGCAAGGAACUUCGUGGGCUGGCCCCAGUUCUCCUCCCACCAGCCAAACAAGGCACACCUGGUGCUGAGAGACUGGGAGAAGCUGGGCAAGCUGCACUGGCUGGUGACCCAGAACGUGGAUGCCCUUCACACCAAGGCCGGGAGCCGGCGCGUGACGGAGCUGCACGGCUGCACACACAGGGUUUUCUGCUUGGCCUGUGGAGACCAAAUCUUGCGUUCUGAGCUCCAGCAGCACUUUGAAGCUCUGAAUCCUACUUGGAAAGCUGAAGCAUUUGGUGUGGCUCCGGAUGGGGAUGUCUUCCUGACGGAUGAGCAGGUGCGCAAUUUCCGAGUCCCAGCCUGCCGUAAGUGUGGUGGAAUCCUGAAGCCUGAUGUGACCUUCUUUGGAGACACAGUGAGCCAGGAAAAAGUGCGUUUUGUACACCAACGCCUGGCAGAAUCCGACUCCAUGCUGAUAGCAGGAUCCUCUAUGCAGGUGUACUCUGGUUACAGGUUUGCUCUUGCUGCCCGGGAGAAGAAGCUGCCAAUUGCAGUCCUUAACAUUGGGCCCACCAGGUUAGAUCACUUUGCAUCCCUAAAGCUGAAUUCCCGCUGUGGAGAGCUGCUGCCCUUGAUUGUUUGCACAUGACCCAACCAUCUGAGCUUCAGUAGCUACCAGGAUUAAAGUUAUUUUUACAAGGACUCAUCUCAGAAAGGGGAAAACUCCAAUCCAAGAGGCAGCUGUGAGAUGCAGUGCACAGCCACUGAGGGCACCGGGAGAGGGCAGCAAGCCUCACCAGUUCUCUCCACUGAAACCAUCUCCACGGAUCAGGAAACAGAAUGAGGAUGAAAAAAAAUUACUUUUCUGCCUUACCUUGCCGUUGUAAACAGUGCCUUUUCAUUCACUGGGACAGGAUAAUUGGACUACCGUGUCUGAGGACAAAAUACCUUUAUUAUAAUUGUCUCCAGAGGAGAAGGGGGGGACAGGGAUUUUGAGCAGGUAAUUUAAGGCUGUAACAGAGGAAGGUGAUGUGGGACACUGCUAGGGGAUCCAGUGUCACUGCUGGGAUACUGUAGAGUAUGCAAAGAGGAAAAGGAGGCAAGAGGAACUGCAAUGAUCACUUAAAAAAGGUUCUAAAUAGAAGCUGAACAAGAACACUGCUCUUGUAACAGAUUAUUUGGAAGCACAAGCUAUAAGGCUGAUGUCUUCCAGCAAGGAGGGAAGUCAGCAUUUCUCUCAACUGUCAGCUGACAAGGUAAACUGCUUCCUAUCCAACCCCUUUUAAAAAUUAAAUAUUGUUGAGAUGCCAGAGGAGUUACUUGAAGCUAAUCUGACCAGCACUACUUUCAUUGAGGACACUACAUUUUCCAGAAUGCAUUUUUGAAGAUGUUAUUUAAUUAAUAAAUAGCUAAGGAAUCAGUUAAAAUUGUUUAGAAGAUUGAUACUAUUUGCAUUGUAAUUUUCUCUCCCUCCCAUUAUUAAGUACAUUCUCAAUAGCCAGUUUAGAUUCUUUUUUUUCCCCCACUGCAAAAAUGCAGGUUUUAAUUACUAGCAGCUGAUGAAUUAAGAGAGAAAUACAGUUAAAUCUGUACAAUAGGUCUCCCUCAGGAGAUAAUCUCUGUUGAAAGGUACAAUUUCCACACUCCUAACAGGAGAUCAUCACUACUGGGUAGUGAUUUUUUGUUGUUCCUUAGGAUGGUAUUGUAAGCUCUGUCAAACUGUUAACAGAGUAAAAUACAGAACCUGGCACAAUCUAGAACACUAACUUUUUGACCUGACCUUCUUCAUGAAACUACCACUUCCCCCUUCUAGCUCUGAGGGGUUUAAUUGUUGUGGUUUUCCACGUGCCCCCUCCUACUCCAAGUAACAUGUCCUCGACUAAUAUUUUGACAAGAACUGUAACAAGCAGUUGGAAACAAGGAUGCCAGAGUCAUCUGCUAAGAGGUCGAGUAGCAAAGGAAGGACAGCUCACCACAGGAUGCAAAGUUAAUUUUUGCUUUGUUGUCGAUUCAAAUCCAUGCCAGGAGAGAGCAAAUAAAGCAGAGAAUCUAAGGGAUACAUAAGGCAUCCGAUUUCUGCAGAAGGUAGAGGGCAUUAACAUGCCUACCACAUUUCAAGAUUUGGCUGUAUUGGGUUAGAGGAGAGACAGCUUCAGUUUGAAGCCAGGCAAGAACAGUCCAGGACUCCCCUCUCACAUGCAUUCUGCUCGCGUUGAAUGAUGACUCCACUUUCCAGUGACUCAGGAUUCUGCUGCUUGGCAGUGAGCAAAGCUCACAGACCUCUCUCCAUCUUUAGCUGUCCUGUCCACAGAACAGCUGUCCCACCAACCAAAGCUAUUGCAGAAGUCAUGCCUAAAGCACAGCAGAGUGUCCACAUGUUUUCAUGUAGAGGCUUUCCCUGUAAAAAGAGAUGCUGAUGCCUCCUUAGCAGAGGAGCUGGGGCUGAGUGUCUCGGUAUGCACAUCAUCAUCUUCCCUUCCUUGAAACUUAAACAACGUUGGUGUGUCAAAACCAGAGACUGCAGGUUCAGUACCAGCAGAGCCAGCACUUUGAGACGGUGUGGGAGCAUUGCCAAGCAGUCUAAAACAAGUCUUGGAAUGAGUUCUGUGACAGGUAACUAAACCUCCCACAUCUACCCCUGCCUCCUCUCCAGGUCUGCACCUGAUCACUCUCAGAUGAGUCAUUACCUCAACUCUCCACUGAUGGUACUUUUAAGUCCCCAGGACAAUGACUCAGAAUAAAUGAAAAUAACAGUAAAUCUCCUGUGCAUGGUUUAUUACUAUAGGAUAAUGAGCAUAUCUACAACUGUAUGAGGCUGAGAUGAAGAAGUUCAAUCUUUUUUCUCUUAAGUUGAUCCAGAACUACUAAAAUUGACCUCUUUUAGAACAGGAUAAGAGCACUUCACUUCUUAACAUAUUCCCCAUUAAGUUUGCUCACAAGAAAUGCCUGAGAGAGCCUAAAAUUCCUACACCAAAAGCCAUGACAUGAAAUUACCAGAAUCAACAGCUUUUGCUCUUCUCUUUUUCUUACAGCUUCCUCCUGAAGCUUGGAUAGAGGAGCUGAGAGUACCUUAAAAUGGAUUUUUCUUCUGCUCCUCUGAAAGUGGGGUUGGAAUUACCCAAAGCAAAUUAAAGCUACUUCCUAUUUGGCAACUCCUGUCUUUGUUUCUGGGCAAAUUCUCAGAGCCAUCUGUAACUGAAUCCAGCAGCCUGAGGAAGGUAUUUCACAUACUGACCUCCAGUGAGGGCAGCAC